AUUGUGUACAUAUAUAUGUACAUAAGUGAGACACUUACUCGCCGCUUUGGCAAAAUUUUGGCAUUGUUAUUCGCAUUUGCGGCAGCAGGCAGCGACGACGACUCAUAAAUAAUGUCUGAAGAUGCCAAGAGUCCACGCACCAGAAACAUUAUUGAAAAUCAACUCUUCCGGCGCCAGCGAAGCUUAAAGCUUGAGGCGCUGCAAAAACAGCGCUCCCAAUAUGGCACCAUCGACGUCGCCGACGACGAGGAAGCGGAGACGUUUGGCAAGACAUAUAUAGUUAUUAUAUUCACGGAGAAGGCAAAGCUGCGCCACUGUCAGGAUGUGGAAAAGAUCAUCCAGGAGUUUGACAUACAGACUACACUGGAAAUUGUUAGCAAAACCGAAAAGUAUUUGUAUCUGUCUGCCAGUCUGGAUACGCUGCUGCGUCUGGCCGAUGCUGCGGAACUAGAGAAAAUGACAACCACGGGCAGCAUGCAAAAGUUUAACCACGGCUGCGUCUCCGACUUUCUGUUGCCGGGCAUGACCAAGGAGCAGAUACUGCACUAUUGCGAGACGCCCGUGCUGAUUAAAGAUGUUGUGGAGCCGGCCAUAAGAUCCUACAUACAGAAAGGUUACAUCGAGGACAUGUUUCCAUUGCAUGAUAUUCUGUAUUUGGAUCGAUUCAAGCUGGAUCUCAAGCGCACCACGUUGCCCAUAGAGGAUAUACGCAACUACUUUGGCUCCAGUAUUGGACUUUACUUUGGCUUCAUUGAGUUCUAUACGAAGGCGCUGGUGUUUCCUGCUCUGUUUGGCAUACUCCAAUGCAUUAUGGAACUCAAUCUGUCGCUGGUCUGUAGCUUCUAUGUUGUCUGGACGACAAUAUUUUUGGAACUCUGGAAACGUAGAUGUGCAGGUUAUUCGUAUCGCUGGGGCACCAUUGAGAUGAGCAGCCUGGAUAAACCGCGCGCCGCUUACCAGGGGCAACUGAAGCCGGAUCCCAUAACUGGCAAGAUGACUCUGCAUUAUCCCAUGCGCUACACGUACCUGCAAAUGUAUUGCAUUUCGUAUCCGGUGGUGCUUGGCUGUGUGGUGGCUGCCGGCUGGUUUGCGCUCUAUCAGUUCCAGAUCGAGGCCGAGGUGCUGGCCGAUUUCGGUGCAGACUCGUGGCUGCUUUACAUCCCUGUCAUCGUGCAGUCCGUGCUAAUUGCGAUCUUUUCGUGGGCAUACGAGAAGCUCGCCACAUUCCUAACCAAUUUGGAGAAUCACCGCACACGUUCGCAGUACGAACGGCAUCGGGUGAACAAGCUGAUGCUUUUCGAGAUUGUUAACAAUUUCUUUUCACAGUUUUAUAUUGCGUUCGUGCUGCAGGAUCUCAAGCAACUCAAGUACCAGCUGAUGAUGCAGCUGCUCAUCUUCCAGCUGCUGUGCAUAGCACAGGAAAUCGGCAUACCACUGAUGGCCGUGCUGCGCCAGAAAUACGCCAAGUAUCGCCACAAGGAGGUGCAGCCGGAGAAAUUGAGCGCUAUCAGCAAUAAGCCACGCUACGAGCAAGCAUUUUAUGAGUCCGGCCUGGAUGCCUAUCAUUCCACCUAUGAGGACUACCUGCAGGUUUGCAUACAGUUUGGCUAUGUUGUGCUCUUUGCCGCCGUUGCGCCCUUCGCCGCUAUCGGCGCCCUCAUCAACAAUGUAUUUGCCGUGCACAUUGACAUGUUCAAGCUGUGCAACAUCUUCAAGCGUCCGUUUGCCCGUCGCGCCAAGAAUAUUGGUGCCUGGCAGCUGGCCUUCGAGCUGCUAUCCGUCAUGUCGCUGCUGAGCAACUGCGGCCUGCUCUUCCUCCAGCCGAAUGUCAAACAAUUCUUCUCACACUGGGUGCCCUCCAUACCGGAUCUCUCGUUCGUCAUCUUUGAGCAUCUCCUGCUGGGCCUCAAAUUCAUCAUACACAAGGUGAUUCACGAGCGUCCGCGCUGGGUGCGCAUUGGAUUGCUUAAAGCCGACUUCGAGACCAGCCAGGCGCUGAAACAGCUUAAGAAAUUCAAAGCGGCUAACAAAAUGGCUUAAACGCGGCUGCCUUACACAAUCGGCAGGCUGUUGCACAUGGUGCUAUCGGGCUAAAGCCCAACGGAAUGCAAACCAAGCCCAAGAUAAUCGAACCAGUCCAUUUACAUCAUAUUUUACAUACAUACUUAUAUGCUUUUAAUGUAAAUCUCUCAAUUAAUGGUGCCUUUAAAUAUGUACUUAUAUUUGUUUAUAACACAUUUACCGUACCUAAUUGCAUAAAUGCAUCUAAACAAUAACUGCGGAUUGCAAUUCUUUGGCAUCCUGGCGAGAUAAAGUCA